UGUGGGGUCUUUGUCAGGGUAUGGCAGCGCUGGGAGCCGUAGUGAAGAAAGUGUGGUGUAUCCGCCGCUAUUUGGUGCUUCUGUGCGCUCCGCUGGUGCUGCUGCCCAUCCUCUUCAGCCUGCCCCCCAAGGAAGGAAAAUGUCUCUAUGUCAUUUUGGUGAUGGCUAUAUAUUGGUGCACCGAAGCUCUGCCUUUAUCAGUGACUGCUCUUCUCCCUAUAAUUCUAUUUCCUUUCCUUGGAAUUCUCCCAGCCAACAAAGUAUGUCCCCAAUACUUUUUAGACACCAACUUCCUCUUUUUGAGUGGCUUGACCAUGGCGGCCGCCAUUGAAGAGUGGAAUCUACAUCGUAGAAUUGCAUUAAGAAUCCUUAUGUUAGUGGGAGUCCAACCAGCCAGACUCAUUUUAGGCAUGAUGCUAACAACCUCCUUCUUGUCCAUGUGGCUGAGUAACACAGCCUCUACUGCUAUGAUGUUACCAAUUGCAUUGGCUGUUUUAAAAAGCCUUUUCGGAGAUAAGGAAACAUCUAAUGAUUGCAAUAGGGUAAAAGAAGAAAAUAAAGGUUCAGUACAUCAGAACAAACUUCACAUGGUGCCAACUGAGAUGCAGUUUCUGACAAAUGCUAAUGAGAAAGAUGCGAUUGAAGAGAAGGAAGUCACAGUUGACAUUUCCUUGGAUGUAAUGAGGGAAGAACAAGACAAGAAAAAUGUAUGGAAAGCAUUUCUGAUUUCCAUCCCUUAUGCUGCUAGUAUUGGUGGAACAGCAACACUGACUGGGACAGCCCCAAAUCUCAUUCUUUCAGGACAGUUAAAGAGUUAUUUUCCAGGAUGUGAUGUUGUGAACUUUGGCUCUUGGUUUGUGUUUGCCUUUCCCUUAAUGUUGCUUUUCCUUUUUCUUGGAUGGCUCUGGAUAUGCUUCCUUUAUGGAUGCAUUAGCUUAAGAAAUUGCAAAAAGAAGAAAUCAAAGCUAAGAGCUGAAGCAGAAGGCAGAGCUCGGGCAGUUAUAAUGGAAGACUAUGAGAAACUGGGACCAAUAAAGUUUGCAGAGCAGGCAGUAUUUGUUCUCUUCUGUUUAUUUGCCAUCUUGCUAUUCUCCAGAGAUCCAAAAUUCAUCACAGGUUGGGCAAGCUUAUUCAAACCAGGGUUUGUCUCAGAUGCAGUUACUGGAAUCACAAUAGUGACAAUACUGUUCUUCUUCCCAGCGAAAAAGCCAUCUCUUAAAUGGUGGUUUGAUCUAAAAGCAUCAAAUGUUGAGAAUGAACCUUUGCUAACUUGGAGCAAAGCCCAAGAAAGUGUGCCUUGGAAUAUAAUCCUGUUGCUUGGAGGAGGGUUUGCAAUGGCAAAAGGAUGUGAGGAAUCAGGUUUGUCUGUCUGGAUUGGCGGUCGUCUUGACCCUCUAGAGAAUUUACCUCCCCCUGUGGCUGUAAUUCUCAUCACAGCAGUUAUAGCAAUGUUCACAGAAUUUGCCAGCAACACAGCUACAAUCAUCAUCUUCUUGCCUGUCUUGGCAGAGCUGGCCAUUCGUUUGAAGGUGAAUCCACUCUACUUAAUGAUACCAGGAACUGUAGGAUGCUCUUUUGCCUUCAUGCUUCCAGUCUCUACACCCCCAAAUUCCAUUGCUUUUGCUUCUGGGCAUUUGAUGGUCAAAGAUAUGGCGAGAACUGGCCUACUGAUGAAUUUGAUGGGAAUCUGUCUUCUGAGCUUGGCCAUCAAUACUUGGGCUAUGAGCAUUUUUCAACUAGGCAGCUUUCCUUCCUGGGCCAACAUUCAUAUGGAAAACGUAACCACCCUACUGGGAGAUGCUCAGAACAUUACUUUGAACUUAACUAUAAAUAAACUUAUAUAACUAUUACUUAACUAUAAGUAAAGCAACCUUAUUGAUGAGAUUGAGUGAGAAAACGUCUGUUCUCAAAUCUGAGCACUAAAUUAAAUUGAUAUUGAAUACUGGUACACAUGGAAGGACAUACUGUGGAUGUGCCUCCACCAUAGGACCAUCGAGUAUUUUCAUUUGUUUUUACAAAUCUUUGUAAAUAUUCAUUGACUAUUUGAAAGACAUAAAAGACUUUUUCAUUUUUCAUUCAAAGAAUUACCAAAUCGCUUUAGAUAAGUCUAGUUUUUCACUGUUUGAGCCCUGGAAGAUCUUUUCCUAUCUUUCUUUGUUCAAAUAAAGGGGAUUAUUUUGCUUUAGUAUUUGGGUAUUUAAUGUAGGAGCAUAUUGCCAUCUGAAUACAGAAGCACAUGAGCAAUUAAAAUAAAGUAUUUCCCCUUGAAUCAUAAAGCCUAUUGCAAAGUACAGUAUAUAUUUUCUGCCAGACACCGGCAUAGCAGGUUAUCAAAGCAGAAAUGUUUUUAAAAACCAUCUGACCUUGUUUGAUCAUGGUGGUGACAACUUGGUAUUUAGAAAAAUCAGGAGAAAAGAUAAUAUUGACAAAAUUAUAAAUCUGAGUUGUUCUGAAAGAUCGGAGAGAUAAAAUGGAAAAGGAAUGAUUUCGCAUAUAUAUGAAAUAUGGGUCGGAAAGUACUGCAUAUAAUAAGAAAGAAAAAUAUUUAUCAUCCUUAUUUUCUGUGUGAUAUUUAUUUACCAUCUAUAAACAAAAUAGCCAUAAUAAGGUCAAAUAACAGGACAGCCAAUUCUGUUGAACAUUGAUAGGAAUCUGUAGUAACUUAAAUGCUGUGAUCACCUCUUAAGCCAGAGUUUCAUUUUGCAAAAUUGUUGAAAACACUGAUAUGUAUUAGAGAGCAUGUCAGUAGAUCAACACCCUUGAUGUUGCCUUUUGUGUCUGUUUCUUGAGGCCAAAGAACAGUACUCAUUGUGUGCAUUU